AUGGCCGACCACGCAGACGACCUACACGCCGAGCAGACCGAGGGCUUCAAGGUUGGCGAGAAGAAGACGAUUGACGAGUACCAGCAGCUGGACCAGAACGACGAGUCUCUCCAGAAGUGGAAGAAGUCCCUUGGUCUUGGACAAGGCAAGGACAUCUCCGACCCCAACGACCCUCGCCGGUGUAUCAUCCUCUCCCUCGCUCUCGAGGUCGAAGGCCGUGAUGAUAUCGUUAUCGACCUGCGCGCACCUGGCGCUGUCGAGGCUCUCAAGGAGAAGCCGUUCGCCAUCAAGGAGGGUGCUCGGUUCCGCAUGAAGGCACAGUUCAAGGUCCAACACGACAUUCUGUCCGGUCUGAAGUACCUCCAAAAGGUCUCACGCAUGGGUGUCAGCGAGAAGCUACAGGAGAUGAUGGGCUCGUACGGUCCCAACACAGAGGAGAAGCCAUACUACGAGAAGAAGUUCGAACCCGAAACCGCUCCCUCCGGUAUGCUCGGCCGUGGCCACUACACCGCCGUCUCCAAGUUCGUCGACGAUGACAAGCAGACCCAUCUGCAGUUCACCUGGUCUUUCGACAUCAAGAAGGACUGGUAA